UUCAUCUGUUUGACACAGAGAAUGGAAGUCUAAGUGCCCGGAUUCUGAACAGUUUUAAUGUUUCACAUGGAGAGUCUGACAUACUCCCAUUGUGAUCAUUCAAAAUACCUUUUUAUUAUGACAAAGCAGCGAACAGGAAGGGAUUAUGGGGGGACAGAAGAAAAGAAAUACAAGAGAAGAAAGAAAAGAAACACAUACACAAACAACAACAAGAAAUACAUUGAACAUCUAAACUAGUUACUAAUAUGCUGGUGCUAUCGUCAGCGAGAUGUAUUUCCGGUUUACACCAUGUGGGGGCCAAUUGGCCAGUGAAAGAGGAGAAUGGGGGUGGGGGUGUCUAUAAGACUAUAAGCUAAGUGAUUGAAAGGGGUAGCGUGUACACAAAUCAGUUCUGUGAUCUAGAACCCAGUAAUCGUGUGAAUCUCUUAUGAGUGUAAGCCCGUUGGCGACCAACCCUACGCCGCCACAUCGCCAAUCCCGGCACCGGAACCCCCAACCCGAGCAUGCCCUACCACAUCCAGCAGCACGCAAGCCCCACCGGGCGCGCGACAGCCACGCAGACGGGCGGAGAAACAGCGCGGGCGCCAACCUAGGGCCACGGCCCCCACCCAGCCAGCCCGGGGAGGGAGGGCGGGCGGGGGAACCAUGCGCAGCCCAUCCCUCCUCCCGCCGCCCAGCAAAGGAGCCACCGUCUCCCCCCCGGGACCCAGGGUGGUCCCCCGGGCCACCCGUGUGCCCAUCAACCGGCCUUCAGGGAUGGCAGGAGGGGACGCAUCACCAAACCCACGCCUACACCCACCCCCGCCCGCCCACCCGGGCCAUGAGCCACAGCCACAGCCCCCCAACCGGAACGGCACGCCACGGGACCCCCAGCGGCCCACCAAGCCCCAGGCAAGGCAGGGUCCCCCGCCGGUGCAGGCGACACCCCGCUGAUACACCGGCGCCCAACCAGCGACCCGCGACGGAGCGCAGGGCGGAUGCCCAGCCAGAGAAGAGAGGGGAAGGCGGAGGCAGGAGAACGCCCAGGAACUGCCACGGGGCGAUGCAAGAUCGGAGACCCGACCCCCCAACCCACUCCCACGGCCGGCAGCCGAGGCAGAGGGGAGGCCACACCCCGGGAGCCACGCCAUAUAGAAAAAGUGUGGGACCCACCUACCACCCUAUUACUGUGGCUGCCAGGUUCCCGACUGGCAGCCAUCACCCAGCACCAUGAUGGGGGUGUGAGGGGAGGGUAGUGCAAUGUAUGCAUUAAAAUAGGAGAGCUUGGCUUGGGGCAGUGGGACCGCAGCAUGGAGUUUCUGUCCAGCCGCCCGUCCCACCGCCCUUUGCCGGAGCUCUCCUGCGGAGUAUGAUGUGUGUGGUGCAUUUAAAAAAGGUGCAGGGAUGGCGGGGCCUGUGGUGAGGAGGCAGCCGUGAGGCCCCCCCCCCCCUCCCCCAACAGGUCCCAACCAUCCCACAACCUUGGUGUGUGGUGCAUUAAAAACAGGGGGGAGUCGGGCUGGGACUGUAAAGCCCCGUCCCAACUCUCCCCGGAGAAAUGUAUGAGCAUGUAAGUGCCAGGGUGAAAAAUAUUUACAGUGCCGAAGUGAGAAGUGCGUGAGUUAAGAGGCAGGCUCCCGCGGGCGUGGCCCCGUCCACCAGAACCACCGGCCCCAGGGCGGAAGAAGCGUCAGGGCCCCGAUCAAUCCCCGCCCCAGACCACCCACGGCGCCUCCGCGACCGCCCACCCCCCUCCCACCCACCGAGCACCCACCCCGCACCCCGAGCAGGCGCCACACCAAGCGCCGGCGACCAGGGGGCGUCCACCCCACCGGCAAGGGACAGCAAGCCUCACCCUAGGCCCCGCGGGCCCCAAGAGGCCCCGCCAACGACCCCGCCGGCCGGGGGGCAGCCGCGGCCGCCACGGCCUAGGGAGGCGGACAGGGCCGGAAACAGACCAAGGGGAGGGAAGCGCACCCCCCACAACCCACCCCCGGGCCAAGAGGGGCGCGUGGUAUGGCACCAGAGGGCACCUCCCCGGCACCCAGUACAGGGAGACGCGGCUCCGGCCGGGCGGACCUGGGAGGGAACCAUGGCUGCCGCAUACACCCCCCCAUGCAACUUUCUAACGAUUUUUUGAAAUGGAAGUUACCUUUAUGUGCGUCGUAUCAACGUGCAUUUUUAUUUAAUAAAAUAAUCUAUAUAUAAUAUAAUUAUUAGGGCUGUCAAAAUUAUCGCGUUAACGGGCGUUAAUUAAUUUUUUAAAAUUUAUCACGCUAAAAUAUUUGACGCAAUUAACGCAUGCACUAAAUGACCCGCUUGCACAUUGCCUCAAACAGAUUACAAUGAGGCCGUUUAUGGACAUUAAGAGAGAAGAGAACGCCACCAGCCGCUUGGGGGCAGCGCCAUUCCAUACUCAUGUUAAUUCUUCUAAAUGUGGGAGAAUCAGUAGUUGUGAGACGUUCAUGCUGUAUUCACAAUGCAAUGCAAAUUGCUAUUUGUGCUCCACACAUAUUUCGGGAGUUUAGCCACACUGCCGUGGGCUUUACACUUAUUGAUGACACUGCACACGGUAGACACAGGAACAUUCAGGUCUUUGGAGAUGGACUUGUGGCCUUGAUAUUGCCCAUGCUUCCUCACCGUUUUGCUUCUCAAGUCCUCAAACAGUUCUUUGAGCAUAGAGACAAGAAAGAAGACCAAUGUGGUACACACCAGGACACAGGACAGAGGUUAAGUCGACUUUAAUCCAUUUUAACUGGCUGCAAGUGUGAUUUAGUUAUUGCCACCCUCUCUUAUGUGCUAGAGGUUAGUCACAAGUGCUGUUAAUUAAACAAAUUAGAGAAGCAUUACACGAUUUUUUUUUUAAAGGGUGACAAUACUUUUGUCCUGUCAAUUUUUGGAGUUUUGUGUAAAGUGACAAUGAUUUAAUUUUUUUCCCCCAUUCUCUUUUGUGUUUUUUCUUUGCAAGCAAAAUAAAUGUAGAUAUUAUUAGCAAAGC